AUCAAUUGAAUGAGAAAUCAAAGAACUUCUCAUGUAACCAACAUAAUCCAAUAUUGAUAGAGUCCUUUUAGAACAACUCAAUCUAUAAUCAGAGAUAGUCCCCAUACUUAGUUGGAUGAGUCCCGUAUUUCAAACAACCGAGGUCCACAAAAUAGAGAAUCAAUGAGGUCAAGGAUGUUGAUUAACUAAUCUCAUAAUAAUAUCUAGAAUUAGGGAUAACAAGUCAGAAAAUAAAUUGCUAAUGAAAGAAUAUAGGAAAAAGGGGGCAAUCCGAAUGAAUUUAAUCCCAAAAAAUUUGUAACCAAAGAUCUCAAAGCAUUUUAUAUUGAUUAAUUUAAUAGGAAUCAGACAUUAUUGAUAUUAAACAAGUUUUCGAUUACUAUGAUUCAGAAUAAGCAGGAAUCUUAUCUCCCAAUGAUUUAGAAUAAUUGUUGAUUAGUUUUGGAUAUCAUCCGACU